UACACUGGUGAUCUCUGAGCAGUUAACCCAAACAUAAACAAAUCAGACGGGAGUCGUCAGGAAACGACGAUUAUUACAAUUGGUUGCUUGAAAUACAGGCAUACUUUAAUAAUCUGCUAACUAGAAGGUGCCUGUCUGGUGAGAAGCUUCAAGCUUUCAAGAGCAAAGUGUUCCUCAUCUUGUGUUGCAUAAGUAAUUUCCCACAAGAUUUAGUACUGAGAUAAUGGUGUUAUGGUAUCUGAAAUGAGCAGCUGUAUAUUUAUAAAGUGAAGCCUCAAUGAACUCUUCACUCCGGAUAUGGUAAUGAAGGUUUUAUAUAUGGUGUUUCUCCCAUAAAGUGAGACUCAAAAACUGAAGGUGGUAAAAAAUUGGAAAAAAUAUGAAAAUCACAUUUUUAUUUUCUUGUUGCAUUGCAAAACUUAUUGAUGACAUGUUGGUGAACAGAAGGAAGAGAAGAAGAUGCAUCUUCUGGAGUGUUGUGGUGGGAAGUUUAGUGACAGUGUUCAUCGUGGUCAUUGUAAGAGACACUCUCUUUGCUUCUAAAUUUAUUUGUUCUACGGAUGAUAUCAUCAAUAAUCACAUCACUGAACUGUGUGAAGAAGUAAAAAAUGAUGCAGAACAAUCAGAUGGCCACUUAUUGUCUAACCAAGAUUUGUGUAAGGAGCUGUGUGUUGAAGACUUGUCAUCAAAAAUUACUUGUCACAAAUUCCACCUCAACAAGCCAGCAGUGUUUACACUGGACAAUGGCAGGAAAAAGGUAGUAAAAUCUGUUAUAAAAAUGGAGGACCGUGAAGAACCUAUUGGUGAAACAUCCACUGAAGAAGACGAAGUGUAUUGGAAACUGAAAUCUGGCAGUCAGUAUUUUCCCUCAAAGGAUGACCUUCUCAGUAUGUCAAGUGUAUAUAUCAAUAACUUCAUUGGUAAUGAUAUUGAUAAAGGCAUUAUCAUUAAACUCAUGAAUAUGAGUAAUUUGUACCAUACUGAGACAGAAACACUUGUAAAUCAUGUAAAUUUUUGGCUGCUCUUGCAGGAUAAUGAAUUUUUGACAUCACUUAUUUUUGAGAAACUAAAACUUUUCCCAAGUGUUUUAAGAACGUGUGGUACAUAUUAUGCCAUGCAAUAUCUUGAACCAUUAACAGAAAAUCCAAUGCUACCUUUCACACUCACCUGGAGGAAAAGGCUAUGGAAAGCUUUGGACAUAAUCAAGUAUGUGGGACAGUUGGAAACAAUCUGGAAAGAACCUUUGCACCUUUGUGAUGUGAAACAUGAUCAUUUUGGCUGGGACGAUGAAGGAAAAGUGAUGUUCCUAGAUCUAGAUGCUAUUUUACCUGAAACUUCUCUUUUAAGGACUAUGGAAAACACACCACACUGUUCAGAUAAUGAUGACUGCUCAUAUUUUGACUGUAAAGGAAGGUGCCAUCAUAGGACAUCUAAGUGUGAAUUAGAUCGAAGUAAUACCAAUUUACAAGUUAUUUGUGAUAAGAUUUUCCUUGGCAAUACAGAUGGUUUAUUUUCUCUGUAUGGUUUACUUGUUUCACAUGAAGCUAAUGAGGAGUUAAGUGAAGCACUUGAGUUAUGCAAGACUAACCGGGGUAUGACUGUUGAUGGGAUGAUUGAUGUCAUAAUGAAGGCAUCAAAUGUUCUCUUAUAUUAAGUUUUCAGUACAGUACCUGUAUUAAGAAACUAUCUACAGUACCUACAUAAUUCUAAUGCAGCAAAAAAUACCUGAAUUAAUCUAACUUCACUUACCUCAAGGUAACCUAACUACCCUUAACACUGAAGCUAGUCAGUAUACAGUACACACUUUCUGCUGUAAUGAUAAUAACAUUUGCGAAAAAAUAUACAAAUUGUCAAAUUAUAUACCUGUACAGUACAUAAUUAUAAAUUUCCAUAAUUGUGAAGAAACUUGUAACUUUGUAAAAGAUGAUCGGACUGCAAAUGUUUGAUUGUAUUAAGUAUUUGAAGUAGGAGCCUCAGGAAAUUUGUCAAACAGUAACUCUUUAUUUAACAUGAUUUGCUGCUAGCGUAAUUGGUCAACAUAAAAGAACACUUUUCUCUGUCUUUUUACAUUUUACACACUUUUAACACAGUCAAGAUAUAUAUAUAUAUAUACAUACAUACAUAUACAUACA